AGCGCGCGCGCGCGUCUGCUACGGCGGCUCGCAGACGACGACGCGCUUUUCGGGUGCGCCAUCGACGUGCGGUCCGGGCACCGUUGCGCGAUUUACUUUCGGCUAUGGAUGACUGCGGUGAAUUCGGGGUCGGAAACCCGGCAGCGCCGGAAACCUGACGCAAACGAGAGGACGUGAGGUGUGUGAACCCGGGGCGGACACGACGGCAUGGGCGUGAGACCGGGCCCUCUGCUUGCGGUCUGGUUUGGGCUCGUCUGCUUCUCGUACCGGCCCGCGCACUGCAGUUGGUGGCUGCUGGGCAUGCCGAGCACGUACCAGAACAUGCUGACGCUGAAGGCGUCGGCGCACUCGGAGAACUGUCACAAGCUCCGCUACCAGGUGAAGGAGAACCGGGACCUGUGCGUGCUCAGCCACCGCGCGCUGCAAACGGUGAGCCGCGGCGCCAAGCUGGGCAUCGACGAGUGCCAGUUCCAAUUCAGGGCCAGCCGCUGGAAUUGCACAACCUUCCACAACAUACCCUCCGUCUUCGGGGGAGUGCUCAACGUCAUGAGCCGCGAGAAAGCGUACGUGUACGGCGUGUCAGCUGCGGGCGUGGCGUACAGCAUCACGCGGGCCUGCAGCAAGGGCGAGCUGAACGAGUGCGGCUGCGACAGCGCCAUCCGGCAGCGCAAGCCGCGCGGCUCCUGGGAGUGGGGCGGCUGCUCGGACGACAUCGGCUUCGGCGCACAGUUCAGCCGAAAGUUCGUGGACGCCGGCGAGGACCCGGCCACGGCGUCGGGCCUCAUGAACCUGCACAACAACGAAGCCGGCCGGCGCACGCUGCGCCGCAGCAUGGAGACCGUAUGCAAGUGCCACGGCGUGUCCGGCUCGUGCUCGGUGCGCGUGUGCUGGCGCCGGCUGAAGCCGUUCCGCGCCGUGGGCGACGCACUGUCUAUAAAGUUCGACGGCGCCACGCACGUGCACAUGACGCGCGCCGGAACCAGGGCGGGCGGCCGCAAGCGCCGGCCUCGGCUCCGGCCCGUGCUCAGGGACGUCAAGAAGCCCGGGAAGAAGGACCUCGUCUACCUCGAGGAGUCGCCCGACUACUGCACGCGCAACGAGACGCUAGCCGUGCUGGGCACCACAGGUCGCUCGUGCAACAACACCAGCUACGGCAUGGACGGCUGCCGGCUGCUGUGCUGCGGCCGCGGCUACCAGACGGUGGUGCGCGAGGUGGACGAGAAGUGCCACUGCAAGUUCGUCUGGUGCUGCAAGGUGCAGUGCCAGACGUGCAGGGUCACCAAAGAGGAACACUUCUGCAAGUGA